AUAUGCGGGUUGCUCCUGCGGACUUCGCUGAGGAGUGUAGCGGUGCCUGCGGGGCGGAGUCAACGCGUCCAACUCCACAACAUCCAGCAGAAUAAUCUCCAGCUCAGGACCCGAUGAGUGCGGAGGAGCAGGAAUGCACGAGCAUGGCAUUAUUGUCUUUAGGCCUGUGAGAGGAUCUUUGACCAUACGGGUUUACUGCGCUUUAUGUCACGCUGAGCAAUGAAGGAUUCCGACAGCAAGUAACUUGAGCAGCACGCGCAUUAUGAACACCGCUCCUUAUGUAGGCUAUAUUAGAUGUGGAUAUGCACGCUUCUAAACGAGUACCAAUAUACUGGACACGUGUAGGUCUUCCUUUGUUAGCCAGUGUUUUACCGCAGUGCCUGUCCCAAGGAGCCUUCAUGAACGACCCCCUUCAGUGACCUCCAUUGACUUUGCUGGAAAUGCUGUGCAGAGUAAUGGAUUUGUUCUUCUGUCUGCAUCCAUCCUCUUAUUGCCAGCGUGCCUGGAUGCAGAUGAAUCCACGCGUUGCUUUCACAGCUGGACUGAUAAAGCAACGUGCCGCAACUUGUGGCUAGAAAUCACAUGUUCACGCUAAAUAAAGAGCUACUGUUUUGAAUGGUUCCUUAUAUCCCAAUGGUGUGCUGUCAAAUCCUGCACGUCGAAAAACAAUCCAGUGCAGUUUAUCUUGCUCUUUUUGUAGGGCACUGUGAAGUUGGCCUUCUCUGUCAGGGACUUCUGGGCACUAAUUUUGCCUAAAACAGAUGCCUCGACCUCAAGUUGCUUCAGUAAUUGACUCUGGUUGUUUGCUGGAGAGGGCCAGGCUCUGACCUCAUGGCAUGGGUCAAACUGUUUAAAAAGCCUGGGGGUAACAUGGCUGGAACCGGUGCCUGGAGUGGGUCAGGACUGGACAAGUCCUACCAGCCGGGAAGUAUGAUCUCUCUCGCUUUGACCAAAGGUCUUCUUAACGAGCCAGGCCAGAACAGCUGCUUCCUUAACAGUGCUGUGCAGGUUCUUUGGCAGCUUGACAUCUUCAGGAGGAGCCUGCGACAGCUCUCUGGACAUUUCUGCUUGGGCGAAGCCUGUAUUUUCUGCGCUUUAAAGAGCAUCUUCUGUCAGUUCCAGCAGAGUGGAGAGCGGGCUCUGCCGUCAGAUACCCUGCGUCACGCUCUGGCCGAGACCUUUAAAGAUGAGCAGCGCUUCCAGCUGGGCCUCAUGGAUGAUGCAGCCGAGUGUUUUGAGAACAUUUUAGAACGGAUACACCUGCACCUCGUUUCUGAUUCAUCCACAGAAAUGUGUACUUCCAAAUCGUGCAUCACCCACCAGAAGUUUGCCAUGACGCUCUAUGAGCAGUUUGUUUGUCGUAGCUGUGGAGCAUCAUCAGACCAUCUUCCCUUCACUGAGCUCGUGCACUAUGUGUCCUCCACAGCACUAUGUCAACAAGUGGAGCGAAUCUUGGAGAAGACCGACAGACUGCGUUCAGACAUGUUUGGUGAACUGCUGCAGGCGGCCAACACCAUCGGAGAUCUCCGCAACUGCCCUAGUAACUGUGGGCAGAGUAUAAAAAUCCGCCGUGUGCUGAUGAACUGCCCAGAGAUCGUCACCAUUGGCUUUGUGUGGGACGCUGAACAGUCUGACCUCACUGAAGAUGUCAUCCGCUCUCUGGGUCCAAACCUUAAUCUCUCGGGGCUGUUCUAUAGAGUCACUGAUGAAAACUGCUACAAAUAUACCCCAAUUGGCUCCAAGUGGAAAGAUGUGGCAUCUAAAUGCAUCCGGGGUCACUUCCAGCCGCUCCUCUUGUUCUAUGCCAAUCCGGAUGGCACCGCAGUGUCCAAUGAAGACGCCCCCAGACAGACCACCAUGUGGUCCCGUUAUAACACCCCCCUCAAUGGGAAAGGGACAGACGCUCAUCUGUCAGGCUCUAAGAAACUGGACAGUAUCAGAGAUGCGAGUGCUGGUUCCCAUCGAACAAAUCUGGCAUCCCACAAAUCAAUGCAGUCUUCAACCAAUCGGUAUAUGACAUAUCCUCGAUCAUCUUCUCCCUCUGAGAAUGGCCCGAGGUUUCAUUCAGACCAGAGACACAGAACUCUCCCCUCACGAGUCUCUCGAGCCGAGCCUUCUUCAGCCCAUCCUCGCGCUUCACCGCAGGAGUCCCGCUCUAACCAGGCAGCGGCCACUGGCGCCAGUCCUCACGUUGAAUCUUCAUCUGAGCGUGGCAAGUCCAAGCCGUCAUGGAGACCAGUGCGAGAGGUCCUGAAUGUAGACAGCGUGCUGAGCGAACUGGAACGCCGUCAGCAGCAGCAGCUCGGGAGCCCUCGAUGUGUCCAUCGCUUUGGCCACGAGAGAGGACUGAUGAAGGAAAAACAAAAAGGUCUGAUGACUAUUUACGAAGAUGACUUGCGUUUGGAGACUGAAAGUCAAAGCUCGCAGGAGUCUCAGCGACAGAUGAUGGUGACGAGGCCUAAAGGUGGAGCGCAUGUAGCACAGCGGAUCGAUGACUGGACGAUCCAGAGGACAGAAUCAGGAUACGAGAGCAGCGAUAGGUUGAGCAAUGGUUCCACCAAUCCUGACUCUCCAGGUGUGGAGAACUUCACGGGCAAAGAGCUCAGACUCCGUCAAGAUGCACAGCACCUCAGGGAUCAAGGCCAUAGUAAUCAAGGUGAUGCAAAAACGGAGGCAGUGCGUUCUCCACUGUACCACAGUAAGCAUUUGGUUCAAAUUCAGGGAAAGCACUCAGAACAUCUCAUGAAGGGCAGCCCAAGUUCAAGAAGGAAGCUGAGAUACUCAUCCUGUGGUGCGAGGAAAGGGAGCAACGCAGAGAAAGACCCAUCAGCCGGCGAACUUCAAGCAGAGCAGCAAGAAGUUUCCAUGCGAUGGCACCGCAUCCCAGAAAGCCCUCUCCUGCGCCGCCUGGACAAGAUCAAGAGUUCAGAGUGUAACAGUUCUGAUGAACUCACGAACCCUCUUUCAGAGCAGGAGGACAGUGCGUAUCGUUCCAGCAUCAGUGAAGUCGCUCCGCACGAGUCUCCAGCUCCUCCGCAGCCGAGAGAGGAGCCAGCCACAGCUCCAUCCAUGCAAACUCACUCCAAACAUGCACAGCGACCCAUCGAGAUAAAGACGCCACCCUUCCGUCAUGCCACCAGGCGAAUGGAAAUCAACGGCACGUGCCCGAGCUCAUCAGACGCGAGCUCAAAAUCGGGUUCGGACCAGGAGAGAGGGGAGCAGGUGUCUUGUGGUUGGGAUAAGCCGUCGGCUUCAGCAUCUGGAGUAGCACUGACGACUUAUUUCUCGGUGGAUAAUUGUAUGACAGACACCUACAGACUAAAGUAUCACCACCAGAGGCCGCUAGUCCUCUCCAUGCCUGAGCCCAGAGGAGCUGUGAAGGACGGGAGAGACACGGGACAAUCUGAGCGUGCCAAAAAUAAGCUUGACUCUGGCAAUAGCAACAGUAAGCCCACUGCUAAAUGGCACCCUGUCACUUCAAAAGGGCUGGAUGAACAUGGCUAUUUGUGAAAGUUAUGGUCCUGGUGACCCACUGAGCCGUAAUGCAAGAGAAUUGCCAAAGAAGUUGAACAAAUAUGGAUCAUAUUUGUGAUGCUCAAGUAUCUUCUAAGAGCCAUCCACAGGGGGGCAGUAUGCACUUUGGCUUGAAUCAGUAAUUGCUUGUGAACAGGAAUGACCACUUUAUGCUGAAUAUCGAAUCCGUUGAUUAUCUUUUACUGAAUUGUGACAGCUAAUACAGUAUAUAUACAUCUAAAAGAAACAGUUUUCCUAGUCUUAAAGACAAAGAGUGUGUCCUCGACUUUAAUUUCAAUGCAAAUGGACCUUUGUACAUGCUCCCUAGAGGUUGUGUGUGGAGUGCCUUCAUGCAAUUUUUUUUCAUGCAAAAUAUUGACAUGAUUCAGAGUAAAUGAAUAAUGUAAAAUGAUAUCCGCUAUAUAUUUUUGGAGAUGUCUAUGCAGUUAUUUUUAUUCUUUGUUUAAUAAACCUCAAAUGUUCAA